GAUUUUUCUUAAUAUUGAGUAUAUAAGUGAUUUUUGUCAAUUUUUACAUGAAAAGACAAAAUAAAAUGCUAUCAUAUGCAUCUUUAAAAUCUCUAUUCCUUGAUGUUUGUGUAUUAAAUUGCCUUCCCAGUAAAUUAAUGUGGAUGGCAUAAGUUGAACCCUCUAACAUGUGAAAAGAUGAAUGUUGGGAAUGGAACUACAACCAGUAUGGCUAAUCCAAUCCAAACAACAGUCUUCACAACAACUGAAUCACCCCAUGUUUUUGCAUCUAGUGAGCGAUUGUUGCUGGGUGUGGUACUUGCAGUGACUGGAAACCUACUUAUUAGUGUUGCAAUGAAUAUUCAAAAAUACUCUCAUAAUCAACUAAUAGAAAGUGGUGGCUCUUAUGUAAAAAGUCUUACUUGGUGGGGUGGCUUAAUAUUGAUGAUUUUGGGUGAAGUAGGAAAUUUUUCAGCCUACGGUUUUGCACCAGCAUCUCUAGUUGCACCUCUUGGUACAACCACUGUUAUAGCUAAUGCUAUUAUUGCAUUUGUAUUUUUAAAAGAACAAGUCCGCCAUCGUGAUGUAUUAGGUGUGGCAUUAGCUAUCAUUGGUGCAUUCCUGUUAGUUAAUUUCUCAACAAAGAGUGAUACAAUGUUAACAUCAAAUGAAAUUAUUAAAAACCUCAAACAAUGGCCGUUCCUAGUGUAUUUAAUCAUAGAGGUUGGAGUAUUUGUGUUGGUAUUGUAUUUACAUCAUACUUAUGAUUUUGCAAAAGUAGUGACAAUCUUGUUACAAGUAGCAAUAUUAGGUUCUCUGACUGUGAUCUCAGCGAAAGCCGUUUCUUCAAUGCUGACUCUCUCAUUCAGAGGUUUAAACCAGAUGACUCAUCCAAUAUUUUAUGUUAUGUUGCUUGUUAUGAUCGCUACUGCGGUUGGUCAAGUUAAGUUUUUAAAUCAAGCUAUGGCUUUGUAUGAUACAACAGUUGUGGUACCAACAAACUUUGUUUUCUUCACAAUGUCAGCCAUCUUAAGUGGUAUUGUUUUCUAUCAAGAAUUUUAUGGCAUGGUAUUUUUAGAAAUCUUUAUGUUCUUAUUUGGAGCUGUCUUAUCUUUCGGUGGUGUUUACAUGAUCACUGGAGGGAGAAAAGAAAAGGACCCUCAAGCCACAAGCGAAGAAUCUCAGGAACUCCUGCCUAGAUUUCCGACAGUAACUGAAAGUGUUCUACGCAUACAACCUGAAGACGUUAUGACAACUAGAAUCUUCACUGAUUCUGACGAUCACAUAAACAUGCCGUUACACGUAACCUAGCGCAAUAGUACAUCAGUUAGUUAGUUCCUGUGGUUGCCCCCUCAUUUUCUUUUCUUACGUCUUUUUUCUUUAUCUGUUUGUAUUAUAUUUUUUUUUUGCAAUUUCUUUUUUAUUUUGUUGACAUAUGCUUCGAUUUGUGUAUUUAUUUAUAGUUAAUUCUAAUUUUCCAAAUUUCCUAAUUUUUUAAGAUUGAAUAAAAAUUAUAUGUAUCUGUUUAUUUCCAUACACUGUAGACGGUGUCAACAUUAUGUCUAGCUCAAAGAAAUUCUUUUCUUUUUGUAGCUUGCAGCAGCUUAUAUUCUUGUAUUUUUUCCAUACAUUUCUUGUUUAUAUUUUAUUGUAUAUUGUAUUUAUAUCUGCGCACACUCUUUUUUAUUUUUUUUGUAUCUCUAUUAUAAUUUGUUUGUUUGUUUGUUUUUUAAAGAACGAUCACUUUAAAAGAUUAUUUAUUUACUAAUUAUAUUCACAAAUAUUUGUAAAUAUUUGUAGCCGUUUUUCAGUUUUAAGAAAUUAAGAAGUUAGGAA